UCAAAACACUUAAACUGCUUAAGAUAUCGGGGACCAGAAUCAACUUUAUAAGUUUAAAACAACACAAAACGAAAGUUGUCAGCAGUCUUUUUAGAACUCUCGAGCAGUUAUAACUACUAUUUAAUAUGAAGGCUUGGUUUUUAUAUCAAGUGGUUUUACUAUUGGUACUAAGUACCUUAAUUAAAACACAUGUGGAGACAAAAGCCAUUGAAGGACGCAUUAUAUCUGGCACACAAGCUAGGCCCGGUCAAUUUCCUUAUCAUGUGCUAUUAAAGAAGGAUGAUAUAGAUACCGUACUGUGUGGAGGUUCUAUUAUUUCUAAUCUGUGGGUUUUAACAGCUGCUCAUUGUACUAGUGGCUUACCAUCCGUUAUGCUUGUUUUUGGCACUAUUAACCGUUCAGCUAGUGCUUUAAAUAUGACCUCUAGCCAAAUUUUUAUACAUCCACAAUAUAAUCCAGCAAAUUUGAAUAAUGAUGUAUCACUUAUUCAACUACCAACACCCUUAAUCUAUACCAGCUAUAUACAACCCAUUAGUUUGGUAACACCAACACAGGCUGCAAAUGGUUUUAUUGGCGAUAAUGCCAUUAUAACUGGUUAUGGUUAUACAGACGAUGAAUAUUUAGAUAAUCCCGAAAUUUUAUUAUGGGCUCAAGUAGAAAUUGUUGAUAAUAGUGCUUGUUUGGGCGUGUUUGGUAACAAAACGGUAAACGACACAACUAUGUGUGCAAAGGGCUAUAAUGGCACUAAUAUGUCAAUAUGCAGUGGUGAUUCUGGUGGUGCCUUAGUUUGGCAGGACCAAAAUGGCAAUUAUGUACAAAUUGGCAUAAAUUCGUUUGUAGCAGAAGAUAUGUGCACAGAAAACUAUCCAUCGGGUUAUGUUAAGUUAUCGUCAUAUUUGGAUUUCAUUGCCAGUGUUAGCGGUAUAAGUUCUAGUUAAGAGUGUUAAUAAAUGUUAUAAUUUAUUUGUUUGCAAAGAAAAA